AUGGAACAGCUGAGAUUCAGAGAGGUCAAGGCCCCCUCCCAGAUCAUAACGCGAGUGGGCAGCUAGGUUGGAAUUUCAACCUUGGUUUGCCUGUUUCUCCUAAGGAAUUCAGAAUCCUGGCAGGCCGCCUCAGAACUGCUGUAGGUGGUCGUCCGACAGACAGAGGCAUGAGCUGGGCCCAAGCCAUCCUGCUGGCCCGGGGCCUUGCUCGGGGCUGGGGAGGCCUCUGUGGAGCUGCCCUCCCCAGAUCGCCCUUCACUCAGGUUCCCCCCCAGGCCUCGCAGGGCCUCCACUGCCGCUCAGUCUCCAGCAACUCCGAAUGGUCCCUGGUCCCGCGCCCACCUGAGCCCCCGAGGAGGCUCACCAAGACCCUGGCACCGCAUGAGGAGCUGUUUAGGCAGGCGUCAGAUGGGGCUCGGGACAAGGCGAGCUUUGUGCGGGCCGUGCAGAACUUCGGGCAGUACAGCGUGCACAAGCGCGGCCACGUUGACUUCAUCUACCUGGCCCUGCGCAAGAUGCGGGAGUAUGGCGUCGAGCGGGACCUGGCCGUCUACAACCUGCUGCUCGACAUCUUCCCCAAAGAGGUCUUCCGGCCUCGCAACUUCUUCCAGAGCGUCUUCAUCCACUACCCACGGCAGCAGGAGUGUGGGAUUGCGGUCCUGGAGCAGAUGGAAAACCACGGGGUUAUGCCCAACGAGGACACCGAGUUCCUGCUGGUUCAGAUAUUUGGACGUAAAAGCUACCCUAUGCUCAAGUUCGUGCGCAUGAAGCUGUGGUUCUCCCGUUUCAAGAACAUCAACCCCUUCCCCAUUCCCCGGGAUCUGCCCCAGGACCCUGUGGACCUGGCCAGGUUGGGCCUGCAGCACAUGGAGCCUGACCUUAGUGCCAGGGUCACCGUCUACCAGGAAGGGCUGGGUGCUGCAGCCUUCCAUCGCUGCUCUUCCUUGCAGAUGCCUUUGCCCACAGACUCUUCAGGGGCUGCAGAUCCCUGCGAGCCGCACAUUGUAGGCAUCCAGAGUCCCGACCAGCAGGCUGCCCUGGCCCACCACAACCCAGCCCGGCCUCUCUUUGUUGAGGGCCCCUUCUCCCUGUGGCUCCGUGACAAGUGUGUCUAUUACCACAUCCUCAGAGCUGACUUGCUGCCCCCGGAGGAGAGGGAAGUAGAGGAGAUUCCAGAGGAGUGGAGCCUCUACUACCCAAUGCAGCUGGACCUGGACUAUGAGAGGAGCGGCUGGGAUGACUAUGAGUUUGCCAUCGAUAAAGUGGAGGAAGGCCCCAUCUUCGCCAUAUGCAUGGCAGGUGCUCAUGACCAGGCCACACUGGCCAAGUGGAUCCGGGGCCUGCAGGAGACCAACCCAGCCCUGGCCCAGAUCCCCGUGGUCUUCCGCCUGGCAGGGUCCACCGGCGAGCUCUUGGCGCCCUCCUCAGGGCUGGAGGAGCCGCCUCCACCUCCACCCGAGGGCCAGGAAGAGGAAGACAAUCAGCAGCACGGCCAGAGCUGAGCCACAGCCUCCACAGGGCCACAAGCUGUGGACUGGUGUGAAAGUGUGAAAUGACCUUUCAGUGUAAAGAAAAUAAAAAUUUUCCGGCUUGG